AUGGGUCAUCCUCCCGGCCCGCUGCCCCGGAAGAGGGGCCGGAGCGAUGGCGCCGGGCACGACCCCGACCCCGACCCCGACUCCGCAGCCGACCGCCCAGCCAAGCACGCCAAAUGCGCACACGAACCGCGCAAUGCCGUUGUCACACAUAAACUGCUCGCCCAGUAUUAUGAUGAGAUCCAGACGUUGCGCCAGUACGCGCUCUCCAAGCUGCCCGCCGCGUCACGCAUCCGGCGAAGGAAGAUCGCAUCGGUCGGACUGGGCCAACCUUCUGGAAAGCCCCACACCGCAGAUGAGCUCGCUCUUGCGAGCCUUCUCGACUCGGCCAUUGUUGCCCGCCGCCGCCAUGGUAACACCGGCGACGACCUCCGCUGGGAAAGCUGGGUCGCUUUCUCCCAGAAGGGUGACGAGUCGUACGUGACGCUCUCGGACGGCCUCAAGGGAUCAGUCUUCUCGCAAUCCGAGAUUGUCGACUUCGUCGUCUGGUUGCUGUUCUCCAGGAGCAAUGGCUCUUGGCCGAAGCACCUGCUCUGUGAUGGCUUUCGCAGAGCUGGCCCAAACAGGCCGCCCAACGCCGGAGUGACUACCACGAUUCCGGGCUUGGUUUGCGCCCAUCCUAACCAGCAUGUGCAGGCCCUGAAAGCGCCGCCCUGGCCUCAGCUGCUCAUGCUCCUGGGGAAAGAAGGGGAGCGCAUCAUGAUAGAUCUCUUGGUCGACUGCGCCAUCUUCAGGCCUGUGACGGCUGGCAGAGGGAACCUCUACCAGCUGAGCGGCAUCAAAAUUUCAGAGCUCGAGCCUGUCACGCAACUUCAGGAGAAAGAAAGGCCCAUACCCGCGGAUAUCGUGAGCUCGAGGAAUGCCGAACUUCGCCCCUCCGAGAUUUCCUUCGUCAGAAAUGUCCUGAAUCGGUUUCCCUACAAGGGACCAUCGACCGGCGAAGCUGCUACGCCCGACGACAGCGUCAUCCACCUCCUGAUGUACAUGUUCCCUCGGCAGUUUGGCCUACACAAUGUGUUUACAUCGGCCGUGGAUCGCCGACGGACGGCUCAGAAGUUCCACGAUUACACCCUUCGGGAAGAGGAGAUAGCACAAAAGUUCCCUGCGUCGGACACUGGAAGAAACCCAACCAAGAAGGUCCCCAAGAGACUGAGGGGAAAGGCAAUGGAUCUGGUUCGACGCCUCCAGGUGCUCCAUUCGCGCUGCUCUUAUGCAGAGAUGCUCCACCAUUACUGUCCGGUGUCCGGUCAAGUUGGCGGCCUAGGGCAGGUCCAACCACGUUCGAGCAAGACUAUAUCGUCUUCCUCCAGAUUCCCUACCGGCCCUGCUAAGAGCGUAAAAGGGGCCAGGUCGUCGGCGGCUCCAGCCCCGGACCUCCGGUGUGCCUCUCUUACUGAGCUCGCCACCCCAAUCUCCCGCGUUUCGGCCUUCUGCCAGGCUGUGCUGUCAAAAGUUAUCCCGAACGGAUUCUGGGGUCAGGGCUCGGUUCAAAAACACAACAAGGCGUGUUUCCUCAAGAGAGUCCACUGUUUCAUCCACCUUCGCCGAUUUGAGAGCAUGUCACUCCACGAAGUCAUGCAAGGGAUGAAGCAAUCUUUGACUCGCUCACGGUCGAGUAUUCUCGCCGGCCCGGCCGGAAUUUCAAACGCAAAGUCAUCAUCGCACCUCAUGUUCUUCGACACGGCGCACAACUCGCGCCGCACGGUGCUAGGGAAUGUCUACUCCGCCUUCGCCGAGACGGCCGCCAAGAUGUGGGCGUACGCGCGGUGCAUGGCGGCCGGCAGGCCCGGCCCGCGUGUCCUGGUCGAUACGAUCAAGACGCUGGUGGACGUAGCAUUUGUGUUGCUCACGAGCAGGGCGAGGCGGGAACGGUACCCGGGGUAUGUGUGCUGUCUCAGGAAGGUCGAGGUCGCCUGGUUGGCGAUGGUGGCGUGCAGGCAGGUGCUGGUGAGGAAGCAGACGGGCUACGGGGAGGUGAUCGCCUGGUUGGAGGGAGAGACGCGGAAGCUAUCCGGCCAGAAGGGCUUGGACGUUGAGACAUUGGUCGAGGUUGCGAAGGCCCUGCCGGCGCAUAAGCUGCUAGGGGAUCGCAGGGUGUAG